CGCACCGAGAGGUGGCGCGGCGCGGCCCCGCGUUCGCGAGCCGGCAUGUUUCGGCGCCCCCCGCGCAACUUCUGCGGCCGGCGGCGCGCGGCCUCCAGCGGCGGCAGCAGCAGCAGCAGUGAGGAGGAGCCGGAGCCCGAGCCCGUGGCCGCUCCAUCGCCAGCCUCCGUCGCCAGCUCCCGCUCCGAGCGGGAACCGGAGCCUGACGAGGGCGAGGGGGACCCCGGCCGGGCCGCCGCGUCCCCUGAGGGGGCUCGGGCGCCCGCAGCGGCGGGGCCGCCGCCCUCGGAGGAGUGGGCGGGCAGCCCCGGGGGCCGGCAGGAGAGCGGAAGAGCGGCUGCGGGCGGAGGGCCGCGUCCGGCCGGAGCCGGGGCCGGGCCGGCGCGGCGGGGAAAGGAGCUGCUGAGCUUCGGUAGCGAGGAGGAGCGGGAAGGUGAAGAAUUUUUUAAAAUUAAAAAGCCUUCCUUCAAUGAAGUAACCUUUAGAAUUCAAAAGAAGGAAAGACUGCUGCCUGCACAGUCGGAAACUGAAGAAAGCAAAAAAAUCUGUCCGUUGGAGCCUAGAACUGGCAACACCACUGGCACUCAUGAAGAAGAAGAGAAGGACGAUGAAAGUUAUUCCUCACUAAGUGAGGACUACAACAGCUUGGACUCUGAAAAUGAAUCCAGCUUUCCAUGGAGGAGGAAGGAUUUAUCACCAGGUAAUAUCCCCAGUGCAGCGUGUAUCGAGGCUGCUCAGAGGAAACGUCAUUUAGCCAGGACACAGGCUGAUUAUCUUCCACUGGAUGUUUCAAACAGUCAGCGGGUCUCUCGAAGGAGAGGAAGCAGUGAUUUAGAGAGUGAAGACAAGUCUGAUAUGAAGAGUCUCAGUUUUGUUCCUAAAAUGAGAACUCUUAGGCAGAGGAUGACUGAACACAUGGUGUCUGUGGGUGAUGAAUCAAGUGAAGAAGAAGCACAAAUGAAGUGGGAAGAACAACAAAUAAAGAAAGCCAUUAAACUCUCUCAGGAAACUUAUGAUGAGGCUUUCCUGCAUAAACCUCAACCAGCUAAACCAAAGUUUGAUCCCUCUGUUUCUCUACCAUCUGUGAACUUGGAAAUUGUGAAGAAGCGACUGACUGAAAGGAUAGCAUCAUUAUUGGAUGUGCACCGUGCCCACCAGCGGGAGUAUGAAAAAUAUAUGGAGGACAUCAAGAAUUCAAAGAUCACUGUCCAGGAGUUAGAGAAGUCUUCAGAUGCAGCUCUGAAUUACAAAUUCUACAGGGCCAUGAAAACAUAUGUAGAAAACUUGAUAAACUGUUUGAAUGAAAAACUGAAAUACAUUAAUGAGCUAGAACUGGCUGUACAUGUACUGUUUGAGCAACAAGCAACGAGAGUAUUGAAACGAAGGCAAGAUGAGCUGAAAAAUGAAUCUGCUUAUAUUCAGCAUCUGACAAGUGGGAGUGACAAACCAACUAAUGGUGGAUUGGAAGGUGAUGAGAAGGUACAGCUUCUGGAAAUGUGUGAGCAUCGAAGGACUUGUAGACGGCAAGUGAGAGAGUGUUCGGGAGAAACUGAUCACCAUGAAGGCAUGUCAAGUGAUGAUGAGCUGACUCCAACAGAGGUGAAAGAGUUCCAGAAGAGCAAAGAUAACGUUUUAGAGGAUAGUAGGAAAGUCUUUGAAGAUGUACAUGCAGAUUUUUGUGACAUCAGAAAAAUCCUGUUGAAAUUCCAGGAAUGGAAAGAGAAGUUUCCUGACACUUACUGCGAUGCUUAUAUCAGUUUCUGCCUGCCUAAACUAUUAAAUCCUUUGAUCAGAGUUCAGUUAAUAAAUUGGAAUCCUCUUGAGCAGAAUUUUAGAGAGUUGGAAGAGAUGCCCUGGUUCAGAGCUAUAGAAGAAUUCAGUGAUGCCAAACAUGAAUCUGAAUCAAAAAGGGAUGAUGAUCCUGAUCAAGAAGUUUUGCCUAGAGUGAUUGAAAAAACUAUCCUUCCAAAAAUUACAGCAUUUGUAAAGAGUGUGUGGGAUCCUUUGUCGUCUUCACAGACAAAGAACCUUGUACAGCUUUGCAAUAGCAUCUUUGAAAAACAAGUCCUCUCCAAAAAUGAAUGCAGUCAAGCAAAAGAGGAUUUGAAGAACACUGUUGUCCUAAGAAUGAAGAAAUCUAUAGAGGAAGAUGUCUUUAUUCCUCUGUAUCCUAAAAGCACAGUGGAAGACAAGUCAUCACUAUGUUCAAAAUUUCAAGAAAGACGGUUUUGGUCAGCUGUUAAGCUCCUCUCCAAUGUUCUUCUUUGGGAUGGGAUUGUACAAGAAGAUACGGUCCGGGAUUUGGGACUGAGCAAGUUGCUGAACCGUUACCUUCUUCUGAACCUCUUAAACACACCACUAGGGCCGGAUAAUAUAGAAAAGUGUAAGAAGGUGGUUGCAUGCCUCCCAGAAAGAUGGUUCCAAGAUCUUAAAAGUGGGUCAACCCUCCCUGAGUUACUGAACUUCUGCCAGCACUUGCUGCGAUGUGCUCAGACGCUACACAAGGAUAACCACAGUGAUGAAACAAAAGAAGCUCUCCUCCUGCUAGUGAAAAUCAAAGCUCUGCAUAUUGUUGAAGACUUCAUUGAAGAGUAUAAACUUGAACACCUUAAACCUAUAACUGGGAAAUAGAAAUUUUUGAAGCAAAAUUUAUAUUACUGAAAUGAGCCUGCUAUUAACACUAAAACAGUUCUAACAUGAAAUUUAAUUAGUGGAUCCUGCCUACUCAAAGAUGCAGUGGUAAUCACUGUCUUAUUGUUAAAUACUUCUGUUUUUUCCCAAUGUCUUCUACUGCUGCCUACUCCUAGGUUAAGGAGUCUUUUUAGAAGUUACAGUUGUCGAAAUAAAGUGAUGGUGUAGGCAUUCUAAAAAUACAUGACAGUGCUUUGGAACAAUUCUGGAAGGACAAAGUGCCUGUAAUGGUUAUUAUGCUAGCCAAUAGACAACUUGACACACUAUUUUGGAAUUCAUUGCUAAAUAUCACUCUGACCCAGCAGUCAUUGAACUCUUCUAACUUGUGGUGGACAGUGAUUUUUGGUAGGGUUAUUGUUAAACCAUCCCUAGUGAUAAAGUAUUUGUAACGUUGCAGGGGCUUUGACCCUGGUACAGAAUCAAGGGGAGUCAGUGUGCAGAUACGGGGUUUGAGUGGUGAGUGUUUAUUGAUGGAAAUGUGGGUUCAGUGAGGUACGAAGCUGUGUGACAAAUGUCUGGGGAAGAGCAAAUACAUAGUGAAGAUUGUGUCUGACAUGUGCCUGUAGAUACAGGCUGCACUAGUGUGCCCAGUGCUGCAGCUGUCAUAUGCCCUGCUCUGUCAGGCUGUUAGGAACGGACAUCUUGAUGAUGAGCAGCACAGGAACAACUUCAGUUACUUUCUAGUAACUGAAACUCUUAAGACAGUCUUCCUUUUGUUUCCCAGUAAGAUCUAGUCAACCUUACUUCAUCAUACCCUUAUUAGUUUUCUGAUGUUUUAUAACUUUGUAUAUUUACAAUAAAUGUUGUUACAGAAUAAAGAUGCUCUAUUGUAGAAAUUAUAGUGCAUCACAGACUCUGUAUGUUUAGUUGUGACUGUAUUUCUCCCAAAUCUUCUGGGACUAGAAUUUAACUCUUGCAGACUUAAUUGCUUUGAUUUCUUUUAUAAUUUUUAAGUUACAAAUAUAUUUUUGUAAAAUAUUUUAAAUGUAAAUAGUUUUGCUCAGUGUUACAGACAGAAGAUGACUCUUUAAUUGUUUUAUUUGAGAAAUAAAGUAAAAAUAUCUUGCUGUG